AUGGCGAGCUUCCAACACCCUUUUCAGUGUCUGGAAUAUGUCAAUCGACAGGCAGACGGCCAGCAGAAUGUGCUGAUUGCCUCAGCAGGCCGGAAACUAUAUGUCUAUUCCGCAGCCACUGGUCAGCGCCUCGAUGUAUGGCCCCAAGACAUAGACAGCUCGGAGUCUGCUGCUCCUGCUACUUCUAUGGAGGGACAGACUCUCUCGGAAGAGAACAAAAUUGUCUCCGAAGAAAAAACGGAGCAAAAGAAGGCGCCAAAGAAGAGCGGCAAAAACGAAGCCCUGACAUGGACCAAUAUUCCUCUCAUGGUCGUCUCUCGCGACAGCAAAUAUGUAGCGGCCGUUACCACCGAGGACAAGUGUAUCCGUGUUUUCAGCUUGAGUGAAGAGGGCAAGCUGCAGCAGCUCAGCUCUCGAACAAUGGCAAAGCGCCUAAGUUCAUUGGUACUGACACCUGAUGGUCAAACUCUUCUGUGCGGUGAUAAGUUCGGAGAUGCCUAUUCUUUGCCAUUGAUUCCUGGGGAGUACGUGAAGCGUGCUGAGCCAAAGCCACACCACGUGGGAAUUACUGCGGCGACGUCACUCACAGUGCACACAAAGCGCAACCUGGAGUCCUUGGAACAGCAAAAGCGAACAGCCCCUAAUCGGCCCGCCCCGCAAGAGAAAGAGGCUCUUAACUUCGAGCAUCGGGCUAUCCUUGGUCAUGUGUCAGUCCUUUUGGAUCUGAUCUCCGUAUCCGUGCCUGGAGAUUCGCCUGACAGUCGCGCACGGAACUAUGUCCUCACUGCUGACCGCGACGAGCAUAUUCGUGUCUCUCGCGGAGUUCCUCAAGCACACGUCAUUGAGCAGUACUGCUUGGGGCACACCUCGUUUGUUAGCAAGCUCUGCAUUCCCUCGUGGGCCCCCCAGGUACUGAUCUCUGGUGGGGGCGAUGGCUACUUGAUUGCCUGGAACUGGACAGCGGGGCAAAUAAUCCAGAAGGUUUCACUCAAGGAGGCUGUGCAAUCCCAAGAUGUCAUUGUUCGCGGAAUCUGGGAAGUGUCUCUUCAACAAGUCAAUGGUCCUGUGAAUGCCAUUUUGGUUGCUUUGGAAGGGUGCCCACAGCUUCUAUCCUUCACUCUUGAGGGUGGGAUUACCCUCAAGUCUCAGGGUACCGUCCAGCUCUCCGGAAACGUUCUAGACGUGACUGUUAUUCCCUCGAAGGGAACCAUUUGCGUCUCUGUGGACACUGUCCGGGAACCUGGCUCAACAGAGACGUGGAAAUCGAGCCCCGGCGCAUCUCAGACAUUGAUCGAAACGAUCCAAGUCAGCUCCUUCCAAGGAAGUCUCACCUGGAGCCCGGCAGAUGACUCAAUGACGGCUGAAAUCAAUGCCGCAGGGACUACUGAUCUUUCGACGAGUCUUGACGAGAAGGACAAGAAGACAUUUGAUGAUUACUUAUACACACUGGUCAAUCUUCGGAAGAUGAAGUUUGAAGAUUGA